AUCCACAUCUACUAGUGUACACAACAGAAUAUAAUGUUAAGAAGACCGGCUACAAAGAUCAGAUUGUCUCCUGAAGAUAUCUUAGAGUACGAUGAAUCCUUACAACGACAACAAGAACAGGAACAAUUGCAAUUGCAACAAAAACAACAACAAGAAGAACAGUAUAAACAGCAACAACAAAACAGCUCAAGCAUAUUACAAGAACAAAUCAAUACCAAUGACUUCUUGAGUGGUAUGAACUACAAAUCAGGAUCCUCCUCCGUUGGAACCAGUUCAAAACAACCCAGCCAAUCAAGAGAUGAACGAAUUGGGGUCCGCAAGAAUUAAUUGUGGAUAUAUAUAUACCAGCUAUAUUUGUUGUUCUAAGCUAGCAAUUACCUUAGGGAGCAUUCCAGAUCUGUUACUUUACAUGAAUCAAGAAACUCACUUACCAUGUCGUCGCUAAGUCCUGGCUGUUGUCAUAUUUGAACCCUGGCACACGACCACCG